AUGCCUUUCACUGCCUCGGAUAUUUGCAAGAUCAUCUUUGCGAUCAUCUUGCCCCCGCUGGGUGUCUUCCUCGAGCGAGGAUGCGGUGCUGAUUUCCUGAUCAACAUCUGUUUGACAAUCCUGGGUUGGCUUCCUGGUGUCAUUCAUGCCUUUCUUCAGCUCCGACUUGUACGACAUUUGCGACUCGGUACCUGGAGCUUUGCCACGGACACAUGCUACGAUCACCGCGACAGUAAUGCCAACGGGAUCAAGCCCCACGCAAAAGACUGCAACAACGACGACAGCAUCGGUGCCAUCUACCUCCAGCUCCAGCUCGGCCUCAGACACUGUACUGAACAUACAUCGGUAACUACUGAGACUUUCCGAAGUCCGUUGACGGUUUCUACUUCGCAACUUCCCUCCACGACAACGAGUAGCGCUACCAGUAGUGGCCAGUCGGCAUCUGCGAGCGCAUCUGACAGCAGGCUGGAACCUGCUGCUGUGAUUGGAGUUUCGGUUGCUUCUGGAAUAUCUGGAUUCUUCAUUGUUGGUGUCAUUAUAUUCUUCUGUUGUAGAAAGGUAAGGCGUCGGAAACAGGAUGAAAAGGACCACUUUUUCGAAAUCGGAGGAGUCAUGUCAGAGCCUCCGGAUUUCACAUUCCCACCAAGACGGCCAACUGGGCCUCGUCCUAUGCCUGGCACAACAGAUAGGGAUUCCGAAACUUCCAGACUUAUAACCCCGUUUGAACCGAGAGCUCAGACACCUGCAGUUGUUGUUACAAGCCCCGGUAAUCAUCAUAAUGAUAGUCCCAUGGGGAUGUAUAGUGCCGACAGGAUUGGUUUUGCAGUGACUUCUAAUUCCGAAGCUGAGGGAUCAUUGAGCCAGUCGUCUCCAAGAACGAUCUCAGAUUUACUUCCGGAUAAGCCAACGUUGGGACUUUACCCGGAACCAUUAAGGCUAAGUCGUCAGAAACAGCCCAGACCCCACAGCCAUGCGACUCUAUUCGAAGAGGAUAUGACGAGACCACGGAGCGCCUUUGGAGCGCCAUACCAGAAUCUAAAUCAGCCGACUUCGUCAAGCCGAGCUCAAGAUACUUGGCGGUACAACCGGGCCCCUAUGGCUGGAUUGCCUGCGCAUCCUCGUGCGAUGCUCCACGGUUUUGGGGAAGGCCAGGAUGGAAAACUUGCGAUGAGAGGUCCGAACUACCGAAAGAGACCUACCUAUGCGGAAAGCGCAUCAAAGGUUCAGGUCUCCAAUCAAGAAGACACUUAUGAAAGCCUGCUACAAAGCUCUCCGAUCUCGGACGCUGGGGAAUUUGUCGACCGGGACCGGCAGCAUCGCGGUGCGGGACAUGUAAGACUUGUCGGACCGCCCUCGUCGCAGGGUGUUGCAAGUGGUCCGUUCCGUGGCACGGACGUGAACAACAGCAUGUUGUACAACCUUGAUGACAACUUUGAGGACAUCGACAUCAACGGCUCGACUAGCAGAUUGGACCGCGAAUCCCGGCAUUCGGGAAAUCUACGGCCACUCACGCCAGUGCGUGAAAUCAGAACGCCAACGCGAGAAUCUCCUACACCGAACUGGGAGCUUGUCUCGAGUGACCAACCCGGUCUUCCCCGGAUGCCAUUCUCUCGGGCAGUCAGUCCCAGACAAGAAAUUGUCUCUCGCCCGCGGAUUGUACGACGGGACGAUAUCAAACGAGUCCAAAUUCGGCGGAAGCCACAUGCCGGAGGGUUAAGUGCACCAUACUCACCUGAAGACUACUGGCUUGGUCAUGAUCCAGGGCCUGUGUUGGAGACUCAGACACGCAGGCAGUCCACCGAUUCUUUGCGUUCCAUUGCAAGCGUGAGGGGCCACAUGCCGAAGAGGAAGCCGGUGCCGUACGAGCGAAAUGUAACCCCAUCCCGCAGCGGGUCAGAUCUAAUACUGCGCGUGGAUUGA